AUGUUUGACUCAAUCAUAUUAGAUGCAGGCCCGGUCUUAAAGAACACACCUGCUGUAGAUACGCUUUUGUCUAAGGCUAAGACGCUACUUACUGUCCCGGCCGUCAUUUCCGAAAUUAGAGAUCAGAAUGCGAGACGACGGGUUGAAACGCUUUUACUCCCUUUUCUUACCGUAAAAAAGCCACAAUCGAAAUAUCUUGAAUUUGUCAUUGCUUUCGCGAAGAAGUCGGGAGACUACUCCGUUCUGUCUAGGACAGACCUCGAGGUUUUAGCACUCACAUAUGAAGUGGAAUGCCAACGAAAUGGACUCUCCCAUCUGCGCGAGUUCCCUGGGCAAAAGCGUUCGACGACGAUGCCUCCAGUGAAAGCAGAAAGCGAGCAAUUGGGUCCAAGCGGUUCCAAAGAUUCUACAGUAGUCGUCUCAGAUCAGCCUAGGCCGAUUUGGGCUGACGAUGCACCCCCUAUCAACGGGCCUGGGAGAUUUGCGUAUCUCAGAGACCUUAAAGCGGGGGUUGAAUAUGAUGAAACCAAAAUUCAGACAACCCCUGAGGUGAUCGUUCCGCCAAACACAGAUCCGGACCGUUCUGAUUCAGAAGGCUCAGAAGGCUGGAUAACACCGUCAAACUUGAAAAAACAUCAGGCCGAGGACCUCAAUGGUUCCAUCAGAGGUAAAACUGAUGAGUCACCCACCUCAGUCGCUUGUAUUACGACCGACUUCGCCAUGCAAAAUGUUCUACUACAAAUAGGCUUGAGCCUACUCUCACCAUCUCUCCAACGUAUUCGCAACAUCAAAACACACAUUAUGCGUUGCCACGCCUGCUUUCAACACGUAAAAGACACAUCAAAGCAAUUUUGCCCACGGUGUGGCAAUCCAACUCUGACUCGUGUAUCGUGUUCUACAGAUAAAAAAGGUGAGUUCAGGAUUCACCUCAAGAAAAACAUGGAAUGGCAUCACCAAGGGGAGCGAUACAGCCUGCCCAAGCCGAUGUCGGGGAGCUCCAGCGGUAAGGCGUCGAAAAUGAAAGGGGGAGGUAAGGGCGGAUGGGGUCAGGAGAUCAUCCUCUCGGAAGACCAGAAGGAGUAUCAGCGGGCAGUCAGUGGGAUGGGCAGUGUGAAAACUAAGGAUCUCAUGGAUGAGGACUAUUUGCCAAGCAUCCUGACAGGGGAGAGAGGCGAGUGGGUGGCAGGCCGAAGAUUGGGGCGGGGAGGAACGUCAAUGCGAAGAAACGCGCAAACAAAUAGACAAUAA